AUGUUUGUUGUCUACUGUGGCGAUACAGUCGAUAAUGCUCGAGAAACGACGACGGAUGUUUUCGAAGCAAUCCACAGAGUCACUGUCAUAAGUACCUCGAGAGCCGUCGAGAGGCUGCCGACGAGGAUAAACAAGAAGCCGAUGAAUGUUGUGUUAAUGAUCGGUAACACUGGAGAUCCCAUUACGCCGUUCCAGAGCACAGGUCGACUUGCAUCGGCGAUUGCUGCAGUUCAAUGCACCUGGACAUGGAGCCGAUACACCGAGCUCCGCAUGUGUGACUGA